AUUGCUUCUAAAGGAUUGCAGAAUAUUCUUGAACAUUCAUCGAUAUUUAUCGAAUUUCCAAUGUUUCAACGCGCUGUAAAUUGACAACAAUAAAAUAAAUUGCGUUGGUAAGUUCUAACGUUAGUUUCAAGGUAAUGAAUAAUAUAUGAACCAUAAUUUUUUGAAUAACAAUAUAUUAUUUGUUGUAUAACCAUGAUUAAACAUAGGAAGGUAUUUUUAAAAUAUGCUGUAUCAUAAUAAAAUUUAAAAACAGCUAGUUGAUGUAUCGAAAAGUUAAAAAAAUUUAAGAAUUAUUGGCUUCCUCAUUGUAAAAAGAUUUGAGUGUAUUAUCUAUUUUCGUCAUAUAACAGAAAACAGUAUAAAACAUUAACAGUGUUUAGUUACAUUAUGUAACUAUUAAGGGUGGUCUGCUUGAGUUCUUUCUUUGUUGUUUUGUUGGACGCCAUAUUUAACUGACUGUUUUAUUUACCUAUUACGCUGUUUUGUCGAUUGCUGCGAGCCUGUGGCGCUAGAGACUGUGACGUCAUCUCUCAUUCUUCUGCUUGAUAUUCGCUAGUAUAUUUUCACUUUCUUCAAUUUCUGCAGAUUUUCCAACAAAUUUUAAAUCUUUUUCUGUAUUAAUUUACCCAUCAAUUACGUAACAACAUACUGGAUGUAUUCAACUCAUAAAUCAUAGCAACUCUAACUAAUUUAUAGGUACCUUCUUUUUCAUUCAAACACCUCUGUUUUUAAGGAUGAAUAUAAUAUUUUUGAGAGGUUAAAUGAAUACUUCAGCCUAGAUGUCUUAGUUUUUUUGACGAUCACAACAUGUAUGAUUAUAGGAAUAACGGAUUGACUAUAAGCAAUGAUUGUGGAUAAUAGUUCAACUUUCUUUAUACAGGGAAAAAUAUUCAGGUAUCGUCAAGCGUGUGAGAAAACGGAGUAUACAUUAUCCAUCAAACAUGGAUAUCGUGGAUACAGCUUCGCUAUUCGAAUAUAUCCAAGUUGGACAAGGAGAAGAGAGAGACAUGCAGUCCUAUGGUUUGGAACAGUUGUGCAUGUUGCUAUUAAUGGCUGAUAAUGUCGACAGGGUUUUCGAAAAAGUACCACCACGUCAAUUCAUACCUCCGCUAUGCAACAUCUUCUUAGACGAAACAGCACCCGAUAGUAUAUUGGAAAUAGCAGCGAGAGCUCUAACCUAUUUUUUGGAUAUAUCUCAAGAAUGUACAAAACGCAUAACACAAGUACAAGGAGCCGUUAAAGCUAUAUGUAAUCGAUUAGUCGUCGUUGAAAUUAGUGAACGGAUCAGUAAAGACUUAGUGGAACAGUGUAUAAAAGUUUUGGAACAUAUUUGUGUUAGAGAAUGUGGAGCCGUUUUUGAGGCAGGAGGUUUGAAUUGCGUGCUAACUUUUAUCAGAGAGUAUGGGAGUCAGGUCUAUAAAGACACAUUGAACUCCGCUAUGAAUGUUGUUUCACGUCUAUGCACCAAAAUGGAAGCUCAGGACAACUCAUUAGAAUGCUGUGUCGACAAUUUAUCAGUACUAUUGAAACAUGAUGAUGCGAUGGUUUCUGACGGUGCACUGCGUUGUUUCGCAUCUUUAGCCGAUAGAUUUGCUCGAAGAGAUGUUGACCCUGCCCCGUUAGCUGCCAAAGGCCUAAAGGAUUACCUUGUAUCAAAAUUAUCAAAUUGUGGUAAAGGUCAUCAUCUUCCAUUAUCAACCGCUCCAUCAGGCUUAGGGGGCUCAACUUCAGACAAUUCAAAAAACUCCUCAAUCUCAACUGUCAUAUCUCUCUUAUCAACUCUAUGCAGAGGAUCCCCAAAAAUUACUCACGACUUGGUUCGAUCUGAGUUGUUGGAUGCUAUCGAGAAUGCUUUAAAAGCGGGAGAGAGAACAUUUUUAGACACUCAACGCUUAGUUGACCUUUUGCUAGUUCUUUUAUUCGAGGGGAGAACCGCCCUGCCAAAAGCGGCUGCCUCUCAACUUUCCAAUAUGCGCAGAAUGGAUAGCUCCAGUGAGCGUUCUCAUCGCCAACUCAUUGAUUGUAUCCGAAGCAAGGACACUGAAGCUCUGGUCGAAGCAAUAGAAACGGGUAGUUUUGAGGUCAAUUUUAUGGAUGAUGUUGGUCAAACCCUCUUAAAUUGGGCUUCUGCUUUCGGAACACAGGAGAUGGUGGAAUUUCUCUGCGAGCGAGGUGGAGAUGUAAACCGCGGUCUUCGUUCAUCUUCUCUUCACUACGCAGCUUGUUUUGGUAGACCUCAAAUCGUCAAGACCCUGUUAAGAUGGGGCGCAAACCCUGAACUUCGAGAUGAAGAUGGCAAAACGGCUUUGGACAAGGCACGAGAAAGGUCUGAUGAGGGUCAUCGGGAAGUUAUUGCUAUUCUUCAAAGCCCUGGAGAACAUAUGGUGCCAAUACAAUCUCAAUCGUCAGGCCAAGCUGCCCCGGCAGCCAAACAUAACAACACACCUGUGCUAUCAACUCCAGCAAGUGGAACCACACCAGCAACUAGUCAACCUCAUACUCCACCAAUGGAAGAGUCAGAUGGGGAAAUAGGAAGUGAAGCAGCCGUUCAGCCAGUUUCUUCCUCCGGAGCUCAGCUCGAAUCUAAAUCAGAGGAAGUGGAAAACGAACUCAAGGAAUCUGAAAAAGAUAAAGGAGACCCAGAAAUUGCUCCAGUAUUCGUCUCAAAGCUUUUACCAGUUUUUGCUCAUGUAUAUCAUUCAACUAUGGUUCAUUCGGUUAGGAAAGCAAGUUUUGCUCAAAUUCGUAAAAUGAUACACUACUGCGAAAGUCGACUAUUGGAAGAAAUUGCAUCGAAAAAUAAUUUUGCAUCUCAAAUAGUAGAAGUUAUCGCAAAUGUUUUGGACGGAGAUGACGAUGAUAGCCAUAUGGUUGCUCUUCAUAUCAUAGCAGAUGUUUCAAAAAAGAGUAAGGAUGUCUUUUUGGAUAAUUUUGCAAGAUUAGGAGUUUUGACCAUGGUUCAAAGCCUAGCUUCAAAGUCAGUAACGGGUAAAGAAGGGGAUGGUAAAUCCAAUCAGAAGGAUAUAGUUGGAGAAGAAGCUACACCGAAUCCCGCUGAUGAUGCUAAAGAAAUUCAUUUGGGUAAACCCUAUCACUGGAAAGGAUGGAAUUUUGUCAGAAGUCGCGACUGUCUCUACAUUUUCUCAGAAUCUGCUGCCUUAGAACUAUCAAAUGGUUCUAACGGAUGGUUUCGCUUUUAUAUGGACAAUAAAGUUUCUACUAUGUACUCAAGCGGAAGUCCCGAAAAUCACUCUGAAUCAGCACAUCCAAAGGCGGAAUACCUGGAAAAGUUAAUGAAAGCAAAAAGCAACGUGAAAGCGAACAGUAUUUCUCAAUCAAUUCUUUCUGCCUCAGAAUCGCCGAAGUUAUCUGUUGGAAAUUGGCAUUUAGUAACUAAAACCGAAAUGAAUAGUAGUACAUUGUGUGUGCAAAAUGUUGAAGGACAAUCGCAGUCAACUUAUUUAAAAGACGAUAUGUCAGGCUUUAUUUUCGAAUCCAAUAGAGGUUCCAAGCAUUUGUUUAUAGCUGAGAAUCCUAUUCAAGAAGAUAUUGCGGGUGGUUGGACUACAACUAAAAAGACAACCACCUUCAGAUCCAAAUUAGAAGAGUUUAAACUAGGAGUGUUUGCAUUUGCUAGAGAAGUUUAUGAUGAACAUCUAAAAGAAGCCGAGAGCUUGCAGCGAGGGGCUAUGGCUCAGCUUUUGUCUGUUGUCGACACAAUGGAUAGCUUAUGCUCCGAAGCGGAUGCCAAAAAGAAAACAAACGAUCAAUGGAAGAAAAAAAUGGAAAUGACCCUGGAGGAAUUAGCAGAGUUAUUAAAAAAUGAGCAUACUUUGUCGUCUUAUGAGGUGCAUACAAGCCAUCUCGUUAAAGUUUUAUUGAAAUUUUUCAAGUUGCAAAAUAAUUCAUCAAUUGAAGUGUUCAAGGAUGUUUUUAAAGACACCGAAGUCGAUGGCCAACCGACUUCACCGUGCGUAUCUCUAGUCCGAAAAUUAAUCGCUGUAUUGGAACUAAUUGAGAAACUAAUUAUUCAUCAAUAUGAUUCUGUGGGUUCUGGCUAUGCUUUACAAAGUCUUACAAGACGGCUACGCUUCAAGCUUGAAAGGCACCCUGAAGAAAAAAUGUUAUUUGAAAGAACAGGGAGGAAUUUGAAAAUGGAGCCCCUAUGCUCGGUUGAAACACUGGAGAAAUAUUUACUAAAGAUGCUAGCUCAACAAUGGUAUGAUCAUGAUAGGUGCAACUUCACUUUUGUCAAACUCAUUAAGGAAAAAAAGAGAGAAUUUGUGCAUGAAACUGACUUUGAUGAGAAUGGUCUUAUUUAUUGGAUUGGCAGUAAUGCCAAAACAACUGAAUGGGGUAAUCCAGGAAUGUACAGUCUCGUAAAUGUUUUUUGCUCAGAGGGAAAAAAGAUUUCCUACGGAAAAGUAUACGAUUUGUUGAAUCGAGAUUCUCAGCCAUUAAACUGUCACACUAGUGACGACAGACGAGCUUGGUUCCAAAUUGAUUUAGGAGUGUCUAUAAUACCAACUUGCUAUACUCUACGCCACUCUCGUGGAUUCAAUCAAGGAAGUGCACCAAGAUAUUGGAAAUUUCAAGUUUCUAAAGACGGUAACACUUGGGUGACUCUAUAUAGUCAUGAAAAUGAUACUGCUCUUAAUGAAGAAGGAUCAACAGCCUCUUGGCCACUAGAAUGUCCAGAAGAGAAGAUUGGAUAUCGUUUUGUUAAGCUCCAACAAGUUGGACCGAACAGCAAUGGAAAUUCUUAUCGACUAUCUCUAAGCGGCUUUGAAAUUUAUGGAACUGUUACUGGUGUCUUUGAUGACAUUAGUAAAAGUGCAAAGGAUUUUGAUCAGUCUAAAAAGCAAAAAAGACUUGCAAGAACAAACAUCUUGAAACAGUUAAUGCCUGGAGCUAGAGUUGUUAGAGGUCUUGAUUGGAAAUGGAAAGAUCAGGAUCACGAGAAAGGACACGAUUCUGAAGAAAGUUGUGUCAGCAAGGAGGGAACAGUUCUCAGCGAACUACAUAAUGGUUGGGUGGAUGUUUCUUGGGAUUGUGGUACUUCAAAUUCAUAUAGAAUGGGAGCUGAAGGAAAAUUCGAUUUGAUUUUAGCACCUUCCCAUGAUCCAUCAAAAUUAGUUAGAGGCGGUGCUGUUGGUGGAACGUCAGGAUUGCCAAAUCAAAUUCCUGGGAGCCACACUGAAAGUAACAAAAAUAAAGUUUGUCUCCUUACUUCUAAAAAGAGCACAUCAACACCAACCCUAAACGAAACGAAUGCGGAACAACAAGCUUCGGCUUUGGCUGUGUCUGAUGGAAAUAUCUCUAAUGAAAUUCGAUCAACAGCAGAAAAGCUGACAGAAGGUCUUGUGUCUAUGGCCAAUGCUGAAAAUCUGGACGUAUCGAAUGAUUCAUCUUCUGCCGUUAGCGCGCCUGAAAUGGCCGAGGCGGGAAAUGCUUCUGGAAACAUGCAAGAAUCCGGAAACGAAGACACAGCUGGUCAAUUAAGCGUCAGCGUUCCUAACUUAUCAGAACAACAGCAGUUUGAUGCCGCCCAUCUAUUUGAAUCAUUUGCUUCAGCAGCGAGAAGAAAUUUUAGUCUGUCUAAUGCAAGAAAUGCAACUGAUGACCUUAUGCGUUUAAUGUUCAGUAAUGGCCAACUAAAUCCAGGUCAACUAUUAUCAUCCGCCCAGAGUUUUCCUAGUUUGCAGCCAAAUGUGUCAACAAUACCACAAUCCAGUGGCGGAAAUACUAGAGCAACUGCCACAUGUAAUCACUUGGCAGCGUUUUCCCAAGCUUUAACCUGUAGUAUAACAGAAAGUGAUAAUGAUUUACUAGAUAUGAGUAGAGCAAGACACUUGCUUGCUGAAUUUGAUGAUGAUGAUCUAGCUGCAAUGGACGAAGAAGACCAAGAAGAUGACUGCCCAUCGCAUGAGGAUUACGAUACGAUGAUGGAUGAGGACGACGACGACGAUGAAGAUGAAUUAGAACAGUUUAUUGGACCUCCAUCAACAAUAACAUCACGUAAACAAUGGGAUGAUGAUUUUGUUUUAAAAUCAGCCUUUUCGGCCUUGAUACCUGCCUUUGAUCCUCGUCCCGGUCGGACAAAUGUACCUCAAAUUCAAGAUUUUCUUAUUCCACCCCCCGUGGGUAAUAGCGAAAUAUCGUCACCCCCGUCAAAUAUCGAACAUUUAACAUCGACUGAACCAAAAGUCUCCCUUAAAUUAACUGUAAAAGGCCCAAGUUUACCUGGUUUUAAGGACAAUGAGAUAGUCUUGAAUCGAAAAUCGGACUCAAUUUUUAAAUAUCUUCAUAAGCUAAUAUUGAAAAGUUCCUGUGGUAUAUCAAACUCGUUAUCAAAGACAGAUCGCUUGAAGAAAAUCUGGGAGCCUACUUUCACAAUCAUAUACAGUCGGAUAUCUGCUGAAGACAAACAGAAUGAAGCUGGGCGCUCAACUCUGAGGUGGACGACCGAAGAGGUUGAUCGAAAGCUUAAUGAAGGAGAAAUUCAACGUUAUGACGUUGUAGAGUAUUUAAAGACUCACUGUUCUAAGGAGUUUAUGAAGAGAAACAAACUAACUGGACCAUGGAAAACUGUUAAGAAGACAGAGUUCACGGAAACUGAAGGAUCCGACUUACUACCCAUUAAUGAUCUACUUCUAGUUGAUGACUUUACUACUUCUUCAGAAACUGAUGUCCGAAGCGUUGAAGAGGUUUUACAGCUAAUUAAGAUACUUCAUAAACUCUCGAAUAGUGUCUCUCAAUUGAAUUUGACAAAUGAGGAAUUGGAAUCUCGUAAAAUAACUAACAAACUUACGCAACAGCUACACGAUAGUGUUGUUGUAGCAUCCUCCUGUUUACCAAAUUGGUGUUCGACUCUGUCUUCAAACUGUAGAAUAUUGUUUCCUUUGGAAAACAGAAUGAACUACUUGUACGCUAACUGUUUUGGAGUUGAGAGGAGCAUAGUUUGGCUGCAAUCAAAAAGAGACGCUGUUUUAGAAAGAUGGAGGGCUGCUACAGGAUCAAGACAACGAGAUGAUGCUCACGAAAUGCAGAUUGGAAGAUUGAGACAUGAUAGAGUAACUAUUCCUAGGGAUGAUGGAAAACUAUUUGAGUGGGCUCAACAAGUAAUGUUUAAGCAUGCAAGACUGAAAUCAGUUCUCGAAAUUGAAUUUAAAGACGAAGAAGGAACUGGAUUGGGCCCAACAUUGGAAUUUUAUGCACUUAUUGCUGCUGAGCUUCAAAGAAAAGAUUUUGGUAUGUGGCUCGUCGAUGAUGAUGCCAUGGCUAAGGUGAAGCCAGUUCAAGGAGAUAAGCCUGUUGGAUUUUAUGUGCAAAGAAGUUGUGGAUUAUUUCCUGCUCCACUACCUCCUAAUUGUUCACUCUUGAAGAAAGUUGAAAGAUCAUUUUUAUUUUUGGGAAUUGCCCUUGGAAAGUGUCUUCUAGAUUCAAGGCUUAUGGAUAUGCCACUCUCACCAGCAUUUUUUAAAGUUCUCUGUGGAGAAGAACUUGACGAUAGCGACUUUCUGCAUAUAUAUCCCCACAGAGCGAAGUUUAUUCUACAAUUGCAGGAAUUAAAUGAAAAAAGAGAACAAAUUUUAAGUAACAAAGAGUACACGGAAGAACAAAAGAAACAAAGUCUUUCAGAUCUAAAGGUCGGAGAACCUGCAGUUAACCUAGAAGAUUUAGGAUUAACCUUUUGCUUCAAUCCGUCGUCUACAUGUUAUGAUUAUGAUCAUCACGAGCUUACGGAAAAUGGAAGUCACGUUGCAGUAUGUUUAGAAAAUGUCGGAGAAUAUGUUGAAAUUGUUAAGGACUUUUGUUUGAAUUCUGGUAUCAAAAAACAAGUUGAAGCAGUUAGACGCGGAUUUGAAUAUGUUUUACCAAUCUGCAAAUUGAAUUGUUUCAGUAUUUCAGAACUGCAGCUAAUGAUUUGCGGUGAACAAUCGCCUAAUUGGACAAGGGAGGACGUAUUAGAGUAUUGCGAACCUAAAAAUGGAUUUGAUAAACAAUCUGCUACAUUUCAACAUCUGGCAGCGGUACUUGUUGAUUUCGAAUCAGAGGAGCGAAAGUGGUUCCUACAAUUCGUUACUGGCUGUUCGUCCCUUCCUCCUGGUGGUUUGGCCAACCUCAAUCCGAGAUUAACUGUUGUCAAAAAGGAUGGAAACGACCAUUCUUAUCCUUCCGUCAAUACUUGUAUGCAUUAUUUGAAACUACCUGAGUAUUCUUCCCAAGAUGUCCUAAAAACGCAAUUGCUAGCUGCUACGAAGCAUAGAGGAUUCCACCUUAAUUAG